CACCAUGCUUCUGCCCCCCCGCCCCAGAGCCCCCCCUCCCCACCCCGGGCCUCCUCCUAGUCCCUCCGCCUCUCCUCGUCCCGCCCCGCAAGAGCCCCCCGGCCCGUCCCGGCCCCCGGACCCUCCCCGCUUCAGCCGCCGCCGCUACCUCCUCAUCGACAGUCUCGGGGUCCCCUACACGGUGCUGGUGGAGGAGGCCGGGGGCGGGGCGGCCCCCGGGGGGUCCCUGCCCCAGGCCCCCCAAGCCCCGACGGCCCCCCAGGCCCCGGCGGCCCCCUCGCGGAAGGCCUACCGCUGCCCGGUCUGCUCGCGGGCCUUCGAGUACCUGUCCUACCUGCAGCGGCACAGCAUCGCCCACUCGGAGCAGAAGCCGCACGUGUGCCCCGCCUGCGGGAAGGGCUUCAAGCGCCAGAGUCACCUGGAGAGGCACAAGUUCACCCACGGCGGGCGCGGGGGCAAGCCCCACGCCUGCCCCGUCUGCCCCCGCCGAUUCCGCGACGCCGGCGAGCUGGCCCACCACCAGCGCGUGCACACCGGGGAGCGGCCCUUCCAGUGCCGCGUCUGCCACAUGCGCUUCGGGGAGCGGAACACGCUGCAGAGGCACGCCCGCCGAAGCACCGGGCCGGGCAGCCCUGACGGCGCUCGGCCCCGAGGGACCCUCGGCCGAGGACCGACCCCCGCCCCCUCCCUCCGCCGAGCCAGCCUCGGCGCCCUCCCCUCCCCCCCCCAGCCCCGCUCCCCGGCCCAAAGCCGAGCACGGACACGCCGGGCUGACCUGGACCGCGCCCGUCGGCCUCGGUCUCCCCGAGGGGCCCCCGGACGGGCUCGAACUUCGGGCUGACUUCUUCGGGUCCUUCCCGUCCGAGCCCCGGACUCCUGACGCCGCUGACUCCCCCCUCUGUGGAAAUCCGGCUCGGAUCCCGGCCGGACUCCGACCUCUCUGCUCCCACUCCCCCGUCCCUCUCUGCAGCUGGAGGAGAUCGGGGUGCCGGGGGGGGGGGAGCUCCUGCCCUCCUCCGUCUCCCAAACUGGAACCUGGAUUUAUUCAUCUCUGACUUUCCAAGUCCUAGCUGGGGAGCGACUGAGUCAGCCGGUAAGGGACCACAAGCUAGGGCAGCCCCCGCCCCCGAACAGAUCCCAGAGCACUUAAAUACAGAUUCAAGAGCACUUACAGGUAGCAGGUCGGCCACACCGGCGGGCCCCAGGCCAAAACCCACCACCCCGGAAUGGAGACGCAGACGAGACGGUGGGGAGGGAGGCCAGCUCCUCGUUUUCACGCGUUCUUUUUGUGCAUUUUUAAGGUAUUAGGAGUAGGAGGGCAAGAAAGGACUUCUGACCAAAAUAAAUGUGUUUCGACAGACA